AUGAAAUGCCAACUGACAAGUUCUGCACCCAACCUCUCCCACAUCCGUCUCGCCAACUUCAAUGCGUGUUUCAAUUCUGAUGUGGUCAAACGAUUGCGAGUUCUUGAAGACACUCCAGGCACAAAAGGAAUUAUCGAGAACCUCGCUUUGGUUGAUCCCAGCGACUUUCAGAUGAAGAAUAAGUUCUUCUGUCACCGCGAUGAUUCCAGCACCACGCCCACUUGUUUCUUCUUGCUCGGCAAAGUGACAAACAGCUCUCUCCUUAGUGGCGAUGUUUCUCGCAACAUAUCUGUUUGUUUCUCCAAUCGCUCCUUUCCCCGCGCUAUGGCAGUCGUCGGCGACGUGCUUGCAGAAAAAGCUGUAUUCCUUCCAUCUUUUCACCAGGGAGUCAGCAUCACCACUGCAAAACGACCUCUGAAAGAGACGAGUACGAGUCCUGCAACCAUACGAGGUCUCACAUCUUCCUCCCAACGCUCUGCAGAUUAUAAUUUGCCAGAUCCUGUUCCUGUCUACAAUGGAACUCGCCCUUUUCGGCUCGGACAAUACAAAGAACUUUCGCAAAUUGUAGGCGACGAAAUCUCGCCUAAUUCCGCCGUCGCCGUCAUUUUCACUCUCAGUACAUACCCAUACGACAAACUCAAAAGUCACAUCAAACAUCAAGCUGUCAAUACGUCGCUUACUUUCAACAUUCAAAGUAUCAUCUGGCUUGCAUUCCCAUCAUCGGAAGCAACAAUUGAUCCAUCUCUUCCACCUGCCGAACCAUUUGGAGUCACUUCAGAUUAUCUUCUUGAUGACUCCCCCCCAGUUCAACAGCCAGCAAUCAAUCCCCAGGAGGGAACCCGUGUGCACAACAUCAACGUCGCAGAACGAGUUUGCGGGCGGCGGUACCAUGGUCGUUCAGAGAUGACGAAGCAUCAGCGGAAAGCAUUCCAAAAAUGCGGUGACCAGUUGGUGUACCAAUUGCUGGAAAUCGAUAGAUUGCGCGGACGUAUGGCUCUAAACAAUCCAAGAUUUGCGGCAUACGAUACGUUCCCUGGGCGACAUGGUAGAGUCGACAGCGCAUCAGCGGAACAAGGACAGCUAGCUAGCGCGGAGCGGAUGGCGAUACAACCAUUCAACGUCAAAAUGGACACCUACGAUCUCAACAACAGUAGUGCCGACGUCGUCAAUGCCAAUUUCGGGAAUAUGUUGAAUGGCUGCGAACCAACUGCCCUGGUGGUAGAGAGUAAAGAACUGCUGCCAGCUAGGGUCACAGUCACAGGAAGACAACUUCAACACGAUCACAUGACACUUCAUCACAACACUUGCCAACGUCUACUCGACUUUAGCGGCAACCUCUACGCGAUGAAGAAACACGACAUCAAAGCAUCCGUUCAACACCUACUUGCAUUUAUCGCUUCCGACAAGAAAGCUCUGUCCUUGUUGAAAAAAGCUACCGACGACGAUAGCCGCCUUUCUUUCGUCGCAUACAUCCUGCCCACCGUCCAAAAGUCGUCUUCAUACCCCAAACAGGAGCUGAUAAAGCAGGAUUGGUUGCGAGAGAUCAGUAGGGAAUGCAACAUCAGAAAACCCACUGUUCCUUCAUGCGUCUUCGAAGCCUGCAAAAUGCGGAAGAAGAAAACGAAUGGUCACAAAUUGACGAAGAGGCGUUUGAGUCAAAGUCUCAGGUUCACAGCCCAUGCCCGCAAGAUCAAUGCCGCGAGAUUCGCCAGUGUCGUCGAAACGUGUGUCAGAAGGUACAGCGCUACCGACGCUUAUCCACCUCUGAAGCACUGGGUGUACGAGACAGAGGCGAUUCAAAAGCGAUGGGAGGAACAUCUCUCGUCAGGUGACCGACACGACCCCCGCAACCCUUACCUUCCACUGAUGAAAGUCGAUCCGGCUCUCCUCGACCACGAUAUACCCAUCGACGAUAGCCGCCUUUUUCGGGAUUCGGAUGGAGAGGAAGUUUGCUAUGUCUUCCGCGAAUUUUGCCCAAGCAAACCAGUACUCGCGUCGGUGAACGACAUCGUCGAAGAAUCUAUUGAUAUCCGUCGAAAUUGCCGAGCAAGCUUUCCUGACGAACGAUAUCAGAUGGACGAUCCUAGUGAUCUCGUCCAAAUUGGUUUCUCUGCGGGUUCUCGCAACGCUCCCAAGAUCCACUGGGUCAGAAACAUAACACGCCGCAAUCUCCCAGAUCAGGUCAUCGCCGACUUGAACUAUCGUUCCAGCUCUGCUCUCGCAUUGUUCUGGAACUUAUGCAAGGACGUUCUUCCCAAACCAAUCAUCAACGACUUCAAUGCUUUCUUCGAAAAAGACGGCAUCCUCCGAAUGAACCCUGCGGAGGGAGCAGCAAAGGAUUUCGCCAAGGACAAACACCAUGCUGUCACAGGCGACUAUACCAUUCGAAUUGGUGACGAAAGCUUUCUUUUCAAGAACGUUGAGCUCGCCCCUCCCUGUGGAGUGUUUGGUCGAAACUAUGCAAGAGCCAUGCACUUCGAAAACCAGCCUCACAAAUACGCAAUAGCCUGGACGGUCAGAAGAGACCAUCCUCCCGAUGCAGGAGGCCAUUUCUACAUUGGCACUUACAAGAUUCGCAUCCAGGCUGCAGCCAACACUCUCGUCAUUUGGAAACCAACCGACAUCCACGGAACGAGCUUGCAAGAUCUAGAUCCAAACGAUGAAAAUCCCGCCUUCAUUCAAACGGGCCUCGCCAUUGUAACUCCCAAGCGGCUUCGCAAACUAUGGAGAGCUUACAAAAUGAAGGCUAUUACGUACGACGACGUCAUACUUGCCUUGACUGCUAACAGCAACCACGAGGAUUGA